AUGUAUAUUAAAACUUUUGUAGUGUUUGAUAUAAACACUGUUGGAUACACAGUUAAGAAACGAGAUAACAUUAAAAUAGUAGAGUUCACAUUAAUGGAAGUUCCAAGGGAGGUAUUUGAAAAAAGUGAUAGCGAGGGUUUCAAACCAUCGAAUACAAUGACUCAAUCGAUCAACCCUCAAGUCACUGUGGACGUUAAAAAAGUUAAAUCCAAUCCUAGAUUGUCAGCCGAUAAUUUAAAGAAUCACCCGAUUUUUAGAGAUGUUAUUAAGGACGUGAACAAAUUCCUUGAAGAUCUUCCGAAGCCCGUGUGUCUGGUGUCUUUACACGGGAAUAGAUUUGAUUUAAAGGUAUUACUAACGGAAUAUAAACGAGCCGACGAAACCUUUCCAAGCGAUGUACUGUGUGUUGAUUCGAAAGCCUUCUUCUCUGUUGAAACAGAUGUGCAACCUGAUCCCAUACCUGAUAAUAAGACCGAGCCAGUGGAAGAGCUGAAUGUUAUGUUUGGCAAAAUGACCACAAAAGGAAAAGACAAAUUAUACAUACAACAAUUAUACAGAUCUCUAUUAAAAAAAGAACCACCGCAAUCACAGACGACUGAGGUCAAAACUGAUAUGCAUCUACGAUGUCUGUUACGGCUCAAGGGUCCAUUUUUGCUUUGGGUUGAUAAGAAUGCGAAACCUAUUUCUGUAAUUAAACCAUUUGGUAAACAUCAAGAUCAGCCGGCCAACUAA